AUGACAAUUUAUUUGCUUCCGCAGUUUUCCGUCGUCUCUUUAAUUUUAAUUACUAUUAUUAGCACAACAAAUUCCAAUCAAUGCCUCGAUGAGCAGAAAAUAUUGUUACUUGAGCUGAAAAACAACUUAACGUUUGAUUCCUCUGUUUCAAGAAAACUAGUGCAGUGGGAUGGGAUCGAAGAAGAUUGUUGCAAGUGGGAAGGCGUGGAAUGCGACGCUGCAGGCCAUGUUAUCAAUUUGCAGCUCGACUACGAGUCUCUUUCAGGUAUGGUUGAGAAUCUAUCUACUCUUUCAAGGCUUAUAUACUUAGAGAGGCUUAACUUAGCAUACAAUUCACUCAAUGGGAGCAUCCCACCAUCUCUGUUUGGUCUUCCCUUGCUGCAACAACUUAAACUUAACAACAACAAUUUUAGUGGUGAGUUUCCCUCUCUUACUCUCUCUCACUUGGAAGAGCUAGAUUUGAGCAACAACCGCCUUGAGGGCCCUAUUCCCGACUCUUUCUUCAAACUUGAAAGCCUUCAACUUGUUUCCCUCUCUAACAACUUCUUCAAUGACACUUUUCAACUUGGAAAGAUGAGAAAGCUUCGGAAUCUCACAACUCUUGAUCUUUCUUACAAUAACUUGUCUGUUGAUGCAAGCAGCAUCAACUCAAGUUUUCCUACAUUUCCCCAAUUUUACCAAUUGAGCCUUGUUUCUUGCAACCUUUCCAGUUUCCCUGAUCUUAGAAACCAAUCCAAUUUGAGAUUUUUGGACCUCUCAAACAACAGAAUUGGAGGGGAAAUUCCCAACUGGAUUUGGGGAAUUGGAAGUGGAGAAUUUUGGCAAUUGAAUCUCUCUUGUAAUCACUUUGUGGAUCUACAAAAGCCUUAUAGAAUUCCUGAUUCUCUUCAAGUUCUAGACUUGCACUCGAAUCAUCUCCGGGGUGAGUUGCCCCUGCCCCAAGAACGAGCUUUGUACGUAGAUUACUCAAACAACAAGUUCGACAAGCCCAUUCCCAUCAACAUUGGAAACUACCUUUCAAAUCUCAUUUUCUUUUCUGUUUCAAACAAUAGUUUGAGUGGAUCAAUUCCAACCACCCUCUGCCGCGCUACAUAUCUUCAAGUUCUUGACUUGUCAUUCAAUAACUUGAGUGGUAACAUGCCUCCUUGUCUGCUUGAAAACACUCAGAAUCUUGGGGUGUUCAUUCUGAGGAGCAACAACAUCACUGGGGAUAUUCCUGAUAAAUUCUCUAACAAUUGUGGCCUACAAACUCUGGAUCUCAAUGGCAACAAUUUAGGAGGAAAAAUUCCCAAGUCCAUGGAAAAUUGCAGCUGGUUAAGUGUGUUGAAUCUUGGAAAUAACAAGAUUGAUGACAGCUUCCCGUGCAUGCUGCCCUCUAGCUUGCGCGUGCUUGUCCUGCGCUCCAACAGAUUCCAUGGAGAGAUCAGAUGCAACAAAGACUGGCCUGAUCUUCAAAUUAUCGAUGUAUCUUCCAACAGCUUCACUGGCUCUCUCUAUCAAGUGGGAUUCUCGAGGUGGAGUCGGAUGGUGCUAGACAGUGAUGGGCAGUCGAGGCACGAGCAACUCUACUUUGAAUUUCUAAAUUUGAAAAACCUCUACUACCAGGAUGAGGUGACAUUAACCAUCAAAGGCACACAGCUGAAGCUUGUCAAGAUUUGGUCAGAGUUUACAUCUCUUGAUUUCUCUUGCAAUAAAUUCCAAGGAGGGAUACCAGAAGCAAUAGGUGAUCUGAGCUCGCUUUAUCUUCUCAACUUAUCCCACAACGCCCUCACGGGCACAAUCCCAAAAUCAUUGGGUAACAUGGUGGCGCUUGAAGCACUUGAUCUCUCACUAAAUCAGCUAACAGGGAUGAUCCCAGAGGGGCUUCGACAUCUCGGAUUCCUUCAGGUCUUGAAUCUAUCCUACAAUAAGCUGGUCGGAAGGAUCCCAUAUAGUUAUCAACUUGCAACAUUUGACUAUCCUUCAUAUGAAGGAAAUGAAGGGUUAUGUGGAUUUCCUCUCAACAUAAGCUGCAGUAACCAUGAAAACAUGGAGCGACAUGAAAAGCCAGAGAUAGAAUGGAAUUAUAUAUCUGCUGAGAUUGGAUAUGCUGUGGGCUUCGGAAGCAUCAUCUGGCUACUUGUGUUUUUCCCAAGUUUGAGAGAAAGUUACUUUGGGAAAGUAGAUGAGGUUUUUGAAAUGAUAAUUGACCGCCAACGCAGGAAAAGAAGCCAUGAAAGAAGAAGAAGAGCAGCCGCGAAUCAAGUUAGGAGACAAUAGUGUUGAUAAUACUAUUUGGUUUUUGUAACAUAAUAACAUUGCAUGAUGUUUCUUCUCAUUUUCAAAUUUCUUUUCAAUUACUCUAUAUAUAUAUAUUGUCUGUUAUUUAUCUAUUUAUUUUUCUCAAUCUGUAUUUGCUAAUUUAUAGUACGACACACAUAUUUUCAUGGC